CGCAUGCGUGGCGGCUUCCUCUUCCUUUCAGCCAUCUGAGGUCGCCAUGGCUCCUUUGAAAAAGUCCACAACCAAGGGCAGCAAGAAGAAGAAGCAGCUGCUGAAGUUCACCUUGGACUGCACACACCCUGUGGAAGAUGGCAUCAUGGAUGCUGCUAACUUUGAGCAGUUCUUGCACGAUCGCAUCAAAGUGAAUGGGAAGGUUGGCAACCUAGGUGGUGGUGUUGUCACCAUCGAAAGAAGCAAGAGCAAAAUCACAGUGACGUCAGAAGUACCAUUUUCCAAGAGGUACUUAAAAUACUUGACCAAGAAAUACCUGAAGAAGAACAGCCUGCGAGAUUGGCUGCGCGUGGUUGCCAACAGUAAGGAAAGCUAUGAAUUAAGAUAUUUCCAGAUCAACCAGGAUGAGGAGGAGGAAGAGGACGAAGAUUAAACUUUUAGAUCUGGAUAUGUUUUGUAUUACCCACAAUAAACAUGGGAACUCA